CGGGAAACCAAAGGAUUUGAAGAUCAUGAAGAAGCUACUUGUCUGCCUAGCCGUGCUGGCUGUCACUCUAGCCUUCGAUCUGGACGACGCAGAACCGGAGGAGAUUGCACCGUAUACUGUUAUUAAAGAUGCUGGGUCGUACGAGCUGAGGGUGUACGAGUCGGCCAAGUGGGCGUGCCACGACGAGAUGCGAAAGCGGCCCAAGAUGUACACCAGCUUCAUGAAGCUCUUCGGCUACAUCACGGGCGAGAACGAGAAGGGACUACAUGAUGAUCAUGCCAAACCCAUCAACAUGACCGCCCCCGUCACCAUGAUGGAGGAGCCCCUUGACGGCGACGCCAACAGGUACCAGAUGUGCUUCUACAUCCCGGCCGCCCAUCAGCUCGAGCCGCCCAAGCCCACUGACCCCAACGUCUACAUUGAGGUCCGCCCACGCCUUACCGUGGCAGCCAGAACCUUCGGCGGCUGGGUGAGCAAGAUGCGAGAAUGGGUCACUCGUAAAGACGACCUGGAACGCGACCUCAAAGCCGCCGGGAACAGGCGUCGACUACACACGUUUCUACGGAAAAAUGGUUUUGAAGACAUAUAUAUUUCCCGUAUAUUCCAACGUAAUAAAGAGAAUGGACAACGAGGAACAUAUUGA